CUAGAUGGCCAAUUCGCUAAAAAGGUUCAGAAGUGGCUUGCACCCCUAGACCCCUCGACCAACCACAACAACGCGCUUGAAUUGCGACACAGUGAAACUGGAAAAUGGCUCAUAGACGGAGACCAAUAUGUGUCAUGGAAGCAGACACCAAGGUCAUUUCUUUGGAUCCAUGGGCGUCGUACGUCUAUCGUUUCUCUCAUCGUACUGUCAACUGAGUAG